AUGACAUGUCCUGAUCUUUGGACUUUCGCCUCUCUUCCAUCAUAUCUAAAAUCUCGAGAGUUGCCUACAACCGUUCAAUAUGUGAAGAAUAAAUCCAACUCAAGUUUCCCUUAUAACGAUAUGAAAACCGACGCCAGUAGCCUCUUAACAAAUGAUGAUAGAAGUGACAGUAAUUUGAAUCCAGAUAUAACUUCCACUACCAAUGUGAACACUGGAGGACAACGUUUUGUAUGUAUCAUUUCCAAGAAACCAUUGUCAACCAAUAAUUAUCGUUUAGUAAAACAUAUGAGGAUACACACUGAGGAAAAACCAUUUGAAUGUGAAAUGUGCGCUAAGCAGUUUUCAACGAAACAAAUGUUAAAUACACAUAUGAGAGUGCAUACUGAUGAAAAACCAUUUGAAUAUGAAAUUUGCAGCAAACAGUUUUCAAUCAAGUCUAAUUUAACAGUACAUAAGCAAUUGCAUACUGGUGAAAAACCAUUUGUAUGUGAAAUUUGCAUCAAACAAUGUUCAACAAAGGAUCAUUUAAAAACACACAUGAGAGUACAUUCGACCAAAGAAUUUAAAUCACAUAUAACAGUGCGUACCGGUGAAACCCCAUUUAAAUGUGAAAUAUGCACCAAACAGUUUUCAACAAAGGCUUACUAA